AUGGUUCUUGUGCAGGACACUGAUCUGCUGUCCCCCGGCACCCUGGUCAAUGUGGCACAUGGCGCCAGUAGCAGCGGUGGUGUGGAGAGCAGCCGGCACCUGAGCCGCAGCAACAUUGAUAUUCCCCGAAGCAAUGGUGUUAAGGACCCCAAAAGGCAGUGGCCCCGAAAGAGGAGCGACUCAUCCACCUACGAGCUGGACACCAUCCAGCAGCACCAGGCCUUCCUAUCCAGCCUCCAUGCCAAUGUGCUGAGGAACGAGCCCAGCUCCCACCGUUCGAGCAGCUCCACCAUGCUGUAUGGCUCAGGGGCCGUGGGGAAAUUUGACUAUGAGAUCGCAGAUCUUUUCCUCUUUGGGUGCCCACUGGGGCUGGUCCUGGCCUUGAGGAAAAGUGUCAUCCCUGCCCUGGAUGUUUUCCAGCUGCGGGCGGCCUGCCAGCAAGUCUACAGCCUCUUCCACCCCGCGGACCCGUCGGCCUCCCGCUGGAGCACGCUGGAGUGGAGAUUCCAGGCCCUGCUGCCUUUCAGCAUCCCCCGCUACCAACGCUACCCGCUGGGGCACGGCUACUCCACACUGCUGGCAGACGCACUCCAGACCAACAACACGGUCUUUCAAGAGCACAUGUCCCCCUCCUCGCCCAGUGCCGCCACCACCACCCAAGACUUCCGCCGAGCCAGUGAGAUCAGCAUUGCCAGCCAGGUGUCGGGCAUGGCCGAGAGCAACACAGCAUCCAGCAUUGCCCAGAUUGCAGCAAAGUGGUGGGGUCAGAACGACUAUGCCCUGUACUGCCCUGAUGCCCUGACAGCCUUCCCCACAGUGGCCCUGCCCCACCUCUUCCACACCAGCUACUGGGAGUCAACAGAUGUGGUCUCCUUCCUGCUGAGACAGGUCAUGAGGCAUGACAACUCCAGCAUCUUGGAGCUGGAUGGCAAAGAGGUUUCGGUGUUCACCCCCUCAAAGCCAAGAGAGAAGUGGCAGAGCAAGAGGACCCAUGUGAAGCUGAGGAAUGUGACCGCCAACCACCGGAUCAAUGAUGCAGUCGCCAAUGAGGAUGGCCCACAGGUUCUGAUGGGCCGGUUCAUGUAUGGGCCCCUGGAUAUGGUCACUCUGACUGGAGAGAAGGUGGAUGUGCACAUCAUGAUGCAGCCACCCUCGGGCCAGUGGCUGUACCUGGACACACUGGUGACCAACAGCAGCAGGCGGGUCUCCUACACCAUAUAUGAACCCCACCUGGGUGUGGGCGUCUACCCCAUCAAGAUGGUGGUCAGGGGAGACCACACAUUUGCUGACAGCUACAUCAUCGUGCUGCCCAAGGGCAUGGAGUUUGUGGUCUUCAGUACUGAUGGCUCCUUUGCCACCAGCGUGCCCAUCAUGGGCAGUGACCCCAAAGUGCGGGCCGGGGCUAUGGACGUGGUACGGCACUGGCAGGACCUGGGCUACCUCAUUAUCUAUGUGACGGGCCGGCCUGACAUGCAGAAGCAGAGGGUGGUGGCAUGGCUGGCCCAGCACAGCUUCCCCCACGGCGUGGUGUCCUUCUGUGAUGGCCUGGUGCACGACCCGCUGCGGCACAAGGCCAACUUCCUGAAGCUGCUCAUCUCUGAGCUGCACCUGUGCGUGCACGCGGCCUACGGCUCCACCAAGGACGUGGCGGUCUACAGCUCCAUCAGCCUGUCCCCUAUGCCGAUCUACAUCAUGGGCUGGCCCACCAAGAAGCUGCAGCAGCAGUGCCAGGUCAUCAUGGAUGGCUGUGCGGCUCACCUGGCCCAGCUCAAGAACAACCACCAGGCACGGCCGGCCCGCAAUGCUGCCACCCGCAUGGCACUGUGGAAAGGCAGCUUCGGCCUGCCAGGCCAGGGUGACUUCUUGUGCUCCCGGAACCACCUGCUCUGUACCAUCUGCCAGCCCAGCGGGCCUGGCCACCGGCAUGAUCGGACACAGAGCCAGGCAGAUGGACAGCGGGGACAGCGCAGCAUGAGUGUGGCAGCUGGCUGCUGGGGCCGCACCAUGGCCCGCCGGCUUGAGCCAGGGGCAGCCGCGGGCCCCAAGUAG